AUGACUAACGCCCUCACGAAUGUCACUGAACAGGGGCAGUGUGCGAGCAGCUGGGCGGUAGCAGCAGCGGACGCCAUUGCUUCCAUGUGGGCUAUCGUCACCAACGCGCCAUCCGCGCCGCAGCUCGACGCUUCUCGCCUCUGCACGUGCGCGUCGCCCGGCCAAACUGCGUGCUGCGACGGCGGAUGGACGGAGUGGGCGCUCUCGUACGCGCUAUACGGCAAGGGCGUGACGGGCGGCGACGGCAGCACAGCCGCAACGUGCGACGCUGUUGCGGCCGAUGCCGCGAAAGCCAAGAUUACGGGGUGGGAGCGCGUGCCGGCGUUCGACGUGGACGCGAUGAAGAAGGCCGUCAGCCAGCAGCCCAUCGUCGCGUUCCUCUCCGCCUCCAGCCCCGACUUCAAGGCCUACACGGGCGGGUUUUACAACGGGGCGUGCGACACGGACGUUGACCACGCCGUGCUGAUCGUGGGCUAUGGCGUUGACCCCGUCAACGGCGCGUACUGGCUCGUCAAGAACAGCUGGGGCGACGCGUGGGGCGAGCAGGGCUUCAUGAAGCUCGCCAUUAGGCCCGGCGCCGGGAAGUGCGGCAUCAACCAAAUCGCGCCCAUCUACCCAAUCUACUACCCCGACAGUCCCCCCGCCACCAACUUCCCCGUGGGUCCGCUCGCCGCGUCGGGGCAGGCCGCGCCGGAGCCGCCGUACUGGGAGGCGGGGUGGAAGCCCGCCGCCAACGCCGCCCCGUGCUCGUCGCCCAUCAACCCGUGCGGCGGCGGGAAAUGCGCCAAGAGCCGCAGCGGGUUUGCGCGCUGCACGUGCCCCGCGGGAUUCGUGGAGGUCCUGGACGCGCCGACGAGCAUUUGCGUGCCCACCAAGCGGUGCAGCGCGGGCGCGCUGGACCCCUGCGGCGCAGGCACGUGCGCGGACGUGAAGACGGGCGGAUACACGUGCCAGUGCGACGCGGGUUACAUGAUCGGAGCCACCGCAAGCGGCGCUACCACAUGCGUGCCCAUCGCUGCUGGUGGCGGGGCAUCUACCUACACCACGGUGUGGGGCGACACGUGUCAGAAGCUGAUGAACGUCUUUGGCCUGGACGAGUUCACUCUGAUGCAGCUCAACCCCUUCCUUGACUGCACCAACGACCUCCCGGCUGGUCUCAUCCUCGCCGUCUCAGACUCCACAGCGGACGCCACAGCAGGCUGUGCGGCCUCAUACAUAGUUUCAGCAGGGGAGACGUGCAGCAGCAUUGCCACCAGGCUGAAAAUCUCUGGGGCUGCUCUCAAGACUCUCAACCCCAUGGCAGACUGUGCACGCCUCUACCCUGGCCAGCAGCUUUGCGCCAAGGCUGCUGUCAUCACCCCUGCCGUGUCCGGGCCUGUGUGCGGGCUCACCUACCUGGCCACGGGGGGGGAUACUUGCAACAGCGUCAGGCAGACAUACGGCCUCUCACCCGCUCUCUUCACCUCGUUGAACCCUGCGCUGCGCUGCACUGCCCCGCUGCCAGUGGGGUUGUCUGUAUGCGUUUCUCCCAUGUCAAGCGCCAUCGCCGUUGGGUGCACGGUGCGUCACACGGUGCAGCUGGGGGACAGCUGUGUGGGCAUCGCUGCUGCUGCCAACAUCUCCUCCACAGCCUUCCUUGCCCUCAACCCCGGAAUCAGGUGCGAGCCACAGCAGCUGCAGAUAGGCCAGCCGGUGUGCAUCGACUCGCCUGCACUGGAUACCAUCAAUGCAGCGCUGCCCAAGGCGGUGAGGAUGCUGCCAUACGUGGUGGUGCAGAACGACACUCUGGCCAGCAUCGCAGUCUCCUUCUUCCCGCGCUGCGGCACCACUGCGGGCGAGCCGGCCAUCUGCGAGGCUAACGGGCUCGUGCCGUGUGACAACAGUGCGCUCAAGCUCGGGCUGGCCCUUGUCGUACCCUGCACUCCCAGGGAGAGCAACUGCGGCUGCCCCGCCAGCAUCAUGGUCUGUGGAGCGGACUACAGCACCUACCCGUCCUACUGCGAGGCCCUCUGUAACAGCGCUGUGCCCGUCACGCCUGGUCCCUGCACGCCGUGCCAGCAGGCCUGUUACAAGCGGUCAGGCCUGAAAGCCGAUCCUAGCUUCCAGGCUGGGUGCACUGUGGAUCUCAAUUCCACCUUCUGCUCCUACCCCACGUGGCCUCCUCCUGACUGGAACCUCGUGGCUGAGAAUCCUUGUGCUUUUGAGGACACCUCGUGUGAUAAUGUCUGUGGUGACACGGCUUCCAUGCUGGCCAAUCCGGUCACGGAUGCUGGGCAGUGGGGCGUGUUCAAGGCGCAGUGCAAGGGCCAGUGCAUGUGCUCGCCGCGCGUGCCAUGUGGUGGCGACCAGUGCUUGGACUCCUGA